GUCGUGGGUGCAUACCGUCGUCAUGCGACCAGAGUAGAAGCCAUUGCGCCGUCGCUCACAUUCUCUCACACCACUUCUUCUCAAACAUGGCAUCACCGCCGCUGGUCGAGGACCAGGCACGCCUGCUUGAAGAUGCCCUGACUGUCGUGCGCCAGCAGACGGUCCUGAUGCGCCGCUCUACCCUCGUGUCCGAACUACGCACCUCCAGCCUCGGCCCCAAACAGUACUACGAGUUGUACAUGUCCGUCUUCGAUGCCUUGCGCCAUCUCGCCGUCUACCUGCGCGAAUCCCACCCUACCAAUCACCUUGCCGACCUCUACGAGCUUGUUCAAUAUGCCGGCAACAUCGUCCCGCGCCUCUACCUCAUGAUCACCGUUGGCACUGUCUACAUGGGCAUCGAGGACGCUCCUGUCAAGGAGAUAAUGAAGGAUAUGAUGGAGAUGAGCAGAGGUGUCCAACAUCCCACUCGCGGUCUCUUCCUCCGCUACUACCUCAGUGGUCAAGCUAGAGACUAUUUGCCAACCGGUCAGGGUCAAGGUCCCGAAGGCAACCUCCAGGAUUCCGUCAACUUUGUCCUUACCAACUUUGUCGAAAUGAAUAAGCUCUGGGUCAGACUGCAACAUCAGGGCCAUUCGAGAGAGCGUGAGCAGCGCACAAAAGAACGUCAGGAACUGCAACUGCUUGUUGGCAGCAACCUCGUCCGUCUCAGCCAACUCGUCGAUCUUGAAGCCUACAAGUCGUCCAUUCUCCAGCCAUUGCUUGAGCAGGUCGUCCAGUGUCGCGAUGUGCUCGCUCAAGAGUAUCUGCUCGAAGUCAUCACCCAGGUCUUCCCUGAUGAGUUUCAUUUACACACCCUCGACCAGUUCCUCUCAGCCACUGCCCGUCUCAACCCUCACGUCAAUGUCAAAGCUAUCGUCAUAGGUCUCAUGGAUCGCUUGUCCGCCUACGCCGCUCGUGAAUCCGAGUCUGAUGCCCCCGAAGAUCGCGAGAAGGCCGAGACUGAAGCAACCACAAGGUUGCUAGAGAAGAUGAAGAUCGCUUCAGAGUCCGCUGCAGCUCCUGCCAACGACGAAGCGACUCAUCAGAACGGAGACUCAAAGACCGAAGAUGACGUUACCACCGAGACCGCUGCUGAGUCCUCCACCGAGGAUACGACUAAGACAGAUCCAGUCGAGACCAAUGGCGAUGCCAAGAAGCAAAGAGGAAUCCCUGAUAACGUGCGACUCUUCGAAGUGUUCCACGAGCAGGUCAUCCACCUUGUGAGCAUGCAGAGGCUGCCAAUCCAGGACAUCACAGCGCUUCUUGUCUCGUUAAUCAAUCUUGCCUUGAACAUUUACCCUGACCGACUUGAAUACGUUGAUCAGGUCUUCCAAUACGCAAACAAGGAAGUCUCAAGGUUUGCAAACUCGGCCGACCUUCACUCGCAAGCUUCACAGGCCAACCUUCUGAACCUGCUUCUUGCGCCGGUCAAGACUUACUUCUCCCUCUUCACAGCUCUUGCCAUCCCUAGUUUCAUCCCUCUUCUUCAUGCCCAACCAUAUCCUACUCGACGAUCAGUGGCUGGAGAGGUUGCACGAAGCUUGUUGCGCAACGAGACCAGGAUUUCAACCUCUGAAAACCUGCAGGGCGUUCUGGAGAUUCUUAAGGUCCUGAUCAAGGAGGGAAUGCAGCAACCUUCCGGAUACCCUGGUGGACCGGUGCGAAGAGCUGCAGCGGAGACCGACGAGACCGUCGAAGAACAAGGAUGGCUUGCACGCAUCGUGCAUCUUAUUCGUGGCGAGGACUGUAACACUCAGUUCAAGUUGCUCCAACUAGCCCGUGAUGCAUACGCUCAAGGCAAUGAGCGCAUCAAGUACACCACACCUGCAUUGAUUACUGCCUCGCUCAAGCUUGCCCGCCGGUUCAAGGCUCGCGAACACCUGCAAGAUGACUGGUCAAGCCAGUCUUCUGCUCUUUACAAGUUCUGUCAUACACUGAUCUCCACGUUAUACACUAGAGUUUCCACUCCCGGUGUUCCUGAUCUCGCACUAAGGCUCUUCAUCUCUUGCGGUUCUGUUGCCGACCAAUGCGGAUUCGAGGAGGUCGCCUAUGAGUUCUUCGCACAGGCAUUCACCGUUUACGAAGAGAGCAUCAGCGACUCGAGGGCUCAAUUCCAAGCAAUCUGUGUCAUUGCACAGAGUCUUAGUAGCGCGCGCAACUUCAGCAGAGAGAACUACGAUACUCUCAUCACAAAAUGCGCGCUUCACGGCAGCAAACUGCUCAAGAAGCCCGAUCAAUGUCGUGCCGUGUAUUUGGCUAGUCACUUGUGGUGGUCUGUCGAGAAGAACGCAGAAGAAAACGAAGAGAACAAGGAGACUAAAGAAGGCAAAGAGCUCUAUCGCGACGGCAAGAGAGUACUCGAAUGUUUGCAGCGCGCCCUGCGCGUCGCUGAUGCUUGCAUGGACACAGCAGUGUCGGUCGAGCUAUUUGUCGAGAUUCUCAACCGCUACGUCUACUACUUUGACCAGGAGAACGAUGCUUACCUGAAUGGAUUAAUCGAAUUGAUUCAUUCAAAUCUCAAUACAAACGAGAACAGCUCGAGUCUAGACAACCCAAGAAGACACUUCCAGCGGACGUUGGAUUACAUUGCAGGCAGAGAGUACGCCGGAGUCGAGACGCGACCCAAA